GAAAUCCUCAAGGUUCUGCCAUUCUGCUCAAUGGGUCUCUGGCCGCGUCUGUGGAUGUCUAUGGUCACCGUUAUCCUAUCGGUUCUGUCAUUCCGCAUGUGAGGCCAGUCGAUCGAGACGGUGAAAGAUGUCGACGGUGAACCUUACAGUAAAAUGGGCAGGGAAGGAAUAUUUGAUUCCGGACUUGCCGCUGCACGCUUGCGUGAUGGACUUGAAGCACGCGAUUUUUGAAAAAACUGGGGUGCUUCCUGAGCGACAAAAACUUGUCGGCGUAAAGUGUAAAGGAAAACCAGUAGCAGAAUCGGUGCGUCUUACAGAUCUCAAGCUAGAGCCCAACUCCAAGAUCAUGAUGGUUGGGAGCCUGGAAAAAAGUAUUCAGGAUGCAUCUACUCCACCAGAUGACCUUCCAGAUGUAAUCAAUGACUUGGAUGAUGAUGAAGAUGACAAGGAUGUACCAAUUGAAAAUCGCGAGGAGUUCCUAAACAAAAUUCAAAAGCGAAUCAAAACCUACAAAGUCAAAUGGCUUAAUGAAUCAAGGCCAGGGAAACGGCUGCUUGUGCUUGACAUCGACUACACCAUCUAUGAUCAUCGAACGACUGCGCAGUCCAUAGUCGAGCUGAUGAGACCAUUCCUUCAUGAGUUUCUAACAUCAGCAUAUGAGGACUAUGACAUUGCAUUUUGGUCUGCAACUAACAUGAAGUGGAUUGAUGCCAAGCUUUGGGAGCUUGGCGUGACUCGCCACGAACAGUACAAGAUUGCAUUCCUCUUGGACUCUGCAGCCAUGAUAACCUUGCAUACAUCAAAAUAUGGUGUGAUCGAUAUCAAACCACUGGCACUGAUAUGGGGCCUUGUUCCAGUCUACCGUCCUGAGAACACCGUCAUGAUUGACGACAUUCGCAGAAAUUUUCUCAUGAACCCACAGUCCGGUCUGAGGGUGAAGCCAUUCCGGAACGCACAUCGUCACCGAUCCACUGACCGUGAGCUACUACGACUGGCUCGGUACCUGAAGGACAUAGCCUGCUCAGUUGAUGACUUCACAGAACUGAAUCACCGCAACUGGGAAACCUACAUGCCAAAGACACUGCGGUCAUCUGAAGCAGAGCCAGCUGAACCAACACUGCCUGCAGUGGUGAAAUCUGAAGCUCCUGCAUCCGAUGACGGGAAUGAUGAACCAAAAGCGUGAACCAUAUUGUGUAAAGCAAUUGUGCAUUGAACAAUGUUGUUUUCAUUUCUUUUCAUUGAAGAACUACUCACAGGUACAUUAGUAGCUUGUUCUGGUGAGCAGAGUCCUGGUGUGAAAUUAUUGAAAGCUUCAAUCUCAUAUGUUGCAUUUAUAAUCAUGUGCAUCCCCUGCAGACCUCAACAGUGAAGUUUUGUUCAAUACCAUUCCACGGUGUGCAGUUAUGUGGAGUAAUACUGUGAUUGCUCGUUGAGGUUGCAGUGUGUGUUUGUGUGUGAACAUGUGCUUGUGUGGUUCAUUUGCAGUGAGCACUAGGUGUGCUCUUUGCAAAUGCAUUUAAACCUUCUGAAAGCCAUUUUAGCUGUUUCUUAUGCUCCAAAGGCAAUGGGUGCCCAGCACAAGUAAGUGUGGAAAUAAAGUUUUUUUUUUCUUUUGCA